AUGAAGCUUUCACUGGGACUCGGUGCUUUUUCAUUCACGGUCUUGUCAUCUGAUGCUCAUCCCACUUUUGUGGCUCGUGUCCCGAAUGGCAACCAAGUGGCUGGUGUUGCUGCAUUGGGCCACGUAAACACUGUCGGUGGUGGUGCAACGAAUGCAUUUGGUGAAAGUUUCAAAGCCGCUGGCUAUGAAUGGACUCGAGAGCUUUGCGAGGCUGAUUCGGACCGUGAUGGUGCUUCAAAUGGAGAAGAACUUGGUGAUCCGUGCUGUACCUGGACUGCUGGAGCUGGUUUUGACAGUGCUUCUCCAUCUACAACGCAGUCGUCUCUGACCCAUCCAGGUGUUCCGAACAGCUUUACCGAGUCUCAACUGGCUUUAAUGACGUGCAAUGGAGGAGAAGCUACUGUCAAUGAUAUUGUAUCAAGUGACACGGCUGCAUCGACAUCGUCUGCAUCUGCUUCUGGAUCUCAAUCAUCAGACUUUGGAGAUACUAGCAAAAGUGGGUCUUUGGACGACAUGGUCGCCCUUGAAGAUCAAUCUCGUGCCACUUCUAGCCCAACACCUGAGAAAACGUCACCAACUUCAGAAACUUCGGAUGCUAAUCAACUCAAGACCUUUGUCUACUGCUUUAGUAUCGUCGUCUUCGUUCUAGUUACAUGUUGA